AUGACUGGCAUCGAGACAGCAGGCGUCGUGCUCGCCAUUCUUCCAUUGGUCGGCAUCGAGACGUUGAAAGGGUUUCGGACCAAGCGAUAUCGCCGACGUUUGGAGCAAUAUUCAACACAGCUGGGGACGCAACAUGUGAUUCUCCUCAACACGCUUGACCAGGCGUUAGAAGGCAUUGUGGACUACGAACACGAGGUUGCCGAGCUUAUCGAGAAUCCUCGGGGUCCGUUGUGGAGGGAUCCUGUGUUCCAAAAGAAGUUGGCGAACAAGCUCGACCGGAACUAUGAUGCUUUUAUCAGAACGAUGAUUGAGCUGUCGGCUUCGUUGGAGGAUCUGGGAAAAAAAAACUCGGUCUUGAGGCUGGAGAUUCUUCAAAGCUUCUCCUGGUUCUCGGUUCAGAGAGAUGUCGAUUUGUUGACAACAUGUCGCCAGAUAUACUGGAACGACGCUUCAGUGGUUGAACGGGAGAUCAAAAAGCUCAAGGACGUUCUCUCGCAAUCCGUGUAUGCAAACUUGCUCAGAGACAUCGAAAAGGCAAAUACGGCGCUCAGGACGCUCUUCGAACAGUCGCGCCAGCUCCAGGAAAGUCGGCGGAAGCAUCCAGUCUCCAAAAAGCCGUUGUUGAAGCACAAGGCAGCGAGGAGACACGCCAUGAACCUUUACAAUGCCGUCGUGCGAGGCAAAUACUGGAAAUGCCCAUGCAGAGAUUCUCACUGCGUACAUCUUCGCAUCGAGCCGCUGGCGUUGGACACGGAUGAGGACCACGAGGCGAAACCAGCGAUGUCAAAGCUGCGGAUAGCCUUCAGCUCAAAGACACCUACCGCAGGAAAUGUGGCGGCCUGGCAAUGGCAUGAAGUCGAGACAAUUCCAAUGAUGACGGACACGCGUGCUGUGACGACACAUUCGUUGCCCUCCUCCCUCUCCAUUACUCCUCAAACAACGGCUGCAGGAAAAGUCCGAUUCGCAAUUGUCAUGCCGUCCUUGAACAGCCUGCCCUGGCCCAAACUGGAGAAUCUGCCUCCAUCCCUGCCGAUUUCAGACAUAUGUUCCACCUUGGUCAAAGCCAAAAUGGACUAA